AUGGGGAAGCAUAGCAUUCUUAUAACUAGUUUGUCUAAGACCAAGCCACUGAAGCUCCUUCAUUUCACCCAGUGCCAGAUAGCUACACUUGUUAUUUUAUACUAUUUUUUUCAGUUUUAUAGCACGGCUAUCCAAUACUGGCUAGAGGUGGUGACUUUGUACAGCAAAUCGCUAGGAACCCUUGAUGUGUUUACAAAUGCCAGAUUCAAGGGUAAUCAGGUGGCCAUUGUCGAAUUUGGCGACACACCUCUCUCGCCAGUGCAGAUGCAUAUGAUUGCGCAGGAAUUCAACUUCUCCGAGACAGUCCUUCUUCAUCAAAAUAACGAUGGGGAGAUUGUCGUCAAGAUCUAUACUCCGCAGAAUGAAAUGGACUUUGCUGGGCAUCCUGUCAUCGGUACCGGCCAUGCUAUAUUUGGACGUCUUCUGCCAAGCCUCAAGGAUAAGAAGGCAUCUCUCACUACGCAUAUUCUGACCAAUGCCGGGCCCGUUGAGCUGAAUUAUGACCCGACAACAGGGUUUGUGACGGCAGAGGUGCCUCACAACAUCCGUAUCCAUCACCACCCGACCACUCUACAGCAGCUUCUUGAGACGCAAGCGGGCUUGAAAAGUCAUUUAUCGACAAUGCAGCCUAGCUUCCCAGCGAUAUCCAUCGUCAAAGGUGUCACCUACACACUGGCCGACCUUUCCAGCCACCCCGAGAUAUUCAUGUGUUUGAAACCUGGACCCAGCCAGACUACCAAACUGGAUGACGGCUGGUCUCCUUCAUUUACCGGGACCAUGUACUAUAUCAAGUCGAGUCCGUACAAAGAGGACGAUAUCAUAGUGCAAAGAUUGCGAGUUCGGAUGAUUGCGAUCAACCUCGAAGAUCCAGCAUGUGGCAGUGGUUCAUGCGCGUUAAGUGUUUAUCUUGCACUGCAGCAAGGUGGAUCUGGGGCAAAGUUCAGGUUUCUCAUUGAGCAAGGGAAGGAAAUUGGAAGGGACAGCAGCAUUAAGGUUGAUGUUAUCUUGAAUGACCAGGGUACUGGUGUAGCACAUAUCUUUCUCGCAGGUCAGGCGACGCCAGUAAUGGAGGGCACUCUAUUACUGCCCAACUGA